AUGAUGGUUGCUCAAAUCAUGGUGGUCACUGACACUUGGGGCAAGAUGGUCCACCUGAUUCCCCUCCCAGCCGAUGCCGACUCGGAGCUCGUUGCCGAGAAGUACUACGCCACCGUCUUCCGACUGCAUGGGAUGCCUUCCGCCAUCGUUUCCGACCGUGAUCCCAAGUUCACCUCGCAGUUUUGGCGGGCAUUGCAGGCAAAGAUUGGCACCGUCUUGCGAAUGUCAACCGCGGCACACCCCGAGACGGACGGAUCGAGCAAGAAUCGGAUCAAGAUGGUCACCCAAACCCUGCGGAUCAUGGUCUCGUCAAACCACGAGGCUUGGGCAUCUCGUCUUGUUGAAGCUGAGUUCGCUCUUAACUCUUCUGUUGCUGUGUCCACGUCGCUGUCGGCUUUUGAGGCAACCUACGGCUACCUUCCUCGACGUUGGCCCUCGGAUUCCUGGUCUGUCUCGGACGUCCCUCGUGCGGAAGCGUUUGCUCGGAUCCGACAAUUACGGAACCUUGACGUGACGGAUGCGAUCAUUGGAGCACGCCUCAACCAGUCCCAUCAGGCCAACAAGCAUCGACGCCCAGACGACCCCGCCUUUCGGACCGGCAGUUACGUCUAUCUUUCGACAAAGAACCUGGCAGUUCCUGACGGCAUGAAGUCGAAGUUGUUGCCGCGCUACAUCGGCCCCUUCCGUAUCCGAGCGGCCAUCCCUGCGACGUCCAGCUACGACCUCGAGCUCCCUCCAGCGAUGUCGCGAGUGCACAAUCGUUUCCAUGCUCGACUGCUUCGGCCUUGCGUUGAGAAUGAUGCUGAAAGGUUUCCUGGGCGUGACCCCGCAGUUCUUUUUGUCGAAGACGUAGCCGACGCAGCCGACAAUUCUGCGAUUCCGGAACGGAUUGUUCGCGAUCGGCGGUGUGAAGAGUCCACUCUCAGCUCGACAGGGGCGCCUCGGUCGUUGCGCGCACUUGCUAGCCCGCCCCCGGCGGUGGGGACUUAGGCGCGCCGGCGAUUUCACCCGCGGCUGACUUAGGGAUGUACAUUGUCACGCGCCUGGGACUAUCCCAGCGUGGCCCCCCCUUUCUGUUUCUUAGCUUCCUUCUCAUCACUUCUGUUCGACUCUCAACCUCUCCUGACAGUAGUGGUGAACGUCUCAUAGGUUAUAAGCCCACGAGCCACCAGCUGGCAUGACCACGACACCACCCCUCGCGACGGGUGCCAACCCUCCGAUUCCCGCCGAACAGCUCGCCGCACUUACAUCGCUGCUGUCGGGUCUCACCGCUGCCGCUUCCGGCACUGCCACACCCGCCACGACGUCCGGCACCACUCGCACUGCCUUUCCAAAGCACGCACGCUUGGAUGGUGCGAAGACCUUCGCGAACUGGACACGCCAACUUCGCCUGUGCCUAGCGGACGACAUCCGCUCGUACGUCCUCGACGGUAUCGCACCCGACGACUGGACACCUUCGCAACGCUCCGCUCGCGACGCCGUCGCUCGUGAGGUCCUUGCGAAUUCGAUUGACUCGGCCGAAGUCUCGGCAGUCCUCGACAAAAUCCCUACCGCCGACCUGACAGCGCCGACAAUCUACUCGACGCUGAAAUCGCGGUACGCCCCUGACGACGCCACCCGCACGCUCGAGCUCUUCUCACGACUCUGGGGUUUCCGUCCCAUGCCCGGCACGGUUGCCGAAUUCGACGGGUGGAUCAUGGACUUCAAAGCCGUUGCGCAAGAGAUCAUCGACACAAAGACAACUAUCAAUGAUGUUCUCGCCACACUCCUCCUUGCAAUCGCCCACCCGUCCCUCGAGAGCUUCAAGGCGUCGUUCACCGAUGAACAGCGCACGCAACGAACUCUCCCCGACAUUGAUUCGCUUGCCGACCGUAUGCGAGUCCAACUUCGGUCAACGAACAUCCCCAGCACUCAAUCGGCCCUUCUUGCCUCGUCGUCGUCACGUUCUACUCGUCUCAAGUGUCUCGCCUGUCGCAGCCCUUCGCACCGAGUCGCGGAGUGCCCUACGAGGGCGCAACACCCGCCGCCAGGACCCUGUCGCUCCUGCAAGAAGAAGGAUCACUGGUCUCUCGACUGCAAGAAGGCGCUCGAGGACGGCAAAAAGCCCGACACCGCUGACUCGACCGUCGACUCGCAACACCAUGUCGGAUGUCUCGCCACCGGUCUUCUCGCUCGUCGUCGCCAGCUUCGCAACCACUCUUUUGUCGUCGACUCGGGCGCCACUUCGCACAUGGUCUCGGACAAGUCGCUGUUCACGACCUAUCGCCAUAUCGCUCCUACGAAGAUUGGUGGUAUUGCAGGGGGCAUCAACGCCAUCGGAACGGGAAACAUCGCCUUCAUUGCCGCCUCGGGUCAUCCGAUCACGCUUACCGGCGUGCUGCACACUCCGGGCCUGUUUGUCAAUCUUCUCUCGGCCCAAAGGUCUUCUCAACGCACUGCUACGCCCUCGGCCUUCGCACUCGACACCCGCGGCUUGGGUCUGCCUCGCAUUCGCGUGGGGGGGGGUGUGAAGAGUCCACUCUCAGCUCGACAGGGGCGCCUCGGUCGUUGCGCGCACUUGCUAGCCCGCCCCCGGCGGUGGGGACUUAGACGCGCGCGACUGCCUCAGCGCGCCAGCGCCGGCGGAUUCAUGCGCGCGCCCGCUAGCCCGCCCCCUUGCGGUGGGGACUUAGGCGCGCCGGCGAUUUCACCCGCGGCUGACUUAGGGAUGUACAUUGUCACGCGCCUGGGACUAUCCCAGCGUGGCCCCCCCCUUUCUGUUUCUUAGCUUCCUUCUCAUCACUUCUGUUCGACUCUCAACCUCUCCUGACAGUAGUGGUGAACGUCUCAUAGGUACGCUGAAAUAGAUCACUUCUGUUCGACUCUCAACCUCUCCUGACAGUAGUGGUGAACGUCUCAUAGGCGGAACGCUCGGGGCGCUCGUUCGUUCUUGGUUCGAUGGGUAGGCCGUAACGACACCGACGAUACUUGGAUGUCAGAGCAGUCCAUUCGCCUUGACCAUCCGUCCGUCCUCGACGCCUACCUCGCGCGCCUCGAUCGCUCGAACCGCCGCCUCGCCGCACGGUAG